AUGAUUUUUACUCCAGCUUCUUAAUAGGAAAAAGCAACUUUAGAGAAAAUAGGAGAAUUUCUUAUGGGUUUAAGCAAAAAUGUUCUUAAACAAGGAAGUUCUAUUAGUUUACCAAAAUUUUUAUAAGAUUUAGAGCUUACAUCAAAUGAACUAUGUUAUAUGCUUUAAGCUAGAGAUUAAAAUGAUUAUAGUCAUGCUAUAAAUAGAUAUACGUAAGUUUGGAAGGAUGUAUUGAAAUCAGUUUAGAAUAUCAAUCAAAUGUAAACAGAAGGGGAACAUGAACUUGAACCAUUGUCUAGAGCAGAUUUGAUGUAACGAAUGAAAAAGAGAAUGAUGGAAGGAGGUCAAACUGGUAGGUUAGGAGGAGCUAGAGUUGGUGGCUUCUAAUCACCGUUAACAGAAAAUGAGCGAAUAAAGAAUCGUUAAUUAAGUAGCAAAAACUCAAAUAUAUUGCCAUCUAUAAGAUUGAAUUCUUUCGAUCAACAGAAUGAUAGAACAUUUAAUAAUUCAUCAAGAAUGUAAUAUGAAUUAGAUGAUCAUCAGAAAUGUAUCUUAAAUGAAGUUUUAAAACAAAGUAAUAAAUUAAAUGUGUAAAUUGUUAUGAAACGAUAUGAUCCAAAAAUAAAGUUAUGCAUAUCAUAAGGAACAGAUACAAAUCUUGAUAUUUUAGAAGUUAUGAGAAAUUUUAAGAAGGUAUAUUAUUAAUAUAAUUGUAAAGGAAUAUCAUGAAAGUAAAUUAUAAGAGAUUGUAAAAGAAAGUGAUAAACAUAGUAUGGAAUUAUAGAAAUUUCUAAAUGAAAGAAUUGAUUAUAGAUAUUCUUUAUAAACUUAAUAGGUAACUGAUAAAUUAAAGGGAGUACAUAAAUAAAUGAUUUAAAAGACAAUGGAUAUUGAAACUGUAAUAUUAGAUACUUAAAAAUAACAAAUAUAAUAAGACAUGAUACCUAACAUUUUAAAUGAAUUCAUAGAUUAUAUAAAUGAGAGUUAUCAAAAUGUAUAACAUGAGACAUAUAAAGUAUUAAUGAAAUUUGUAUCGGGAUUUAUAGUUAGAAGAGUUAAAUAAGAUACUGAAAAGAAAUUACCUUAAUAAAAUUCAUAAUAAUUAUUGUCCAGUUCAAAUAAAGAACGUAAAGGUCCACCUCUUAGAAGAGCUGAUAAUACAGAGUAAUUGUAAAAGGAAUUAUCAAAUAAAAAUGCAGAAUUGGAUAAAAAAUUUAUGGAGAAUGCAGAAUUAUGGAAUAAAGUUAGGUAAAUGGAAAACUAAAUUAUGUAAUUAAAUAUUGAAAUUGAAUCAACUAAAAUUGCUGAAAAGACUAUAGAGUAAGAACGAACUUAACUCUUAUAUGAUAAAUAAAAAUUAGAAAAAUAAUUAUUAGUAAUAAAUAGUAAAACAUUUUAAGAUCAAGCAAUUCAAGUCUCAGAUCAAACUAUGCAAUAAUAAAUAUAGAAAUUAUAAAAAGAGAAUUAAGAAUUAUAAUAAAGAUUAUAUCAAUUAACAGGAGAAUUAAAUAAAAAGAAAUCAAUACCAGCAGAUUAAAAAAGCCUAUAAAUGGAUUUUGGUAAUAGUUAAGAUCAAUCUAAUAAAGAUUCACCAAGAGCUAAUAGUAAGGUUAAAUCUUAAUUUGAUUUUCCUCAAGAUGAAGAUAAUAUUUCAAUUGGAUAUCGUGGAGAAUCAAAUAGAUAGAUUUAGUAUAGUGAUUAUACAAAAAGAUAAAGUACUGAUGUUGUAUAUAGAAUGAGUUUUACACAACAUAUUCAAUCUUAAAAAGAUUAAAAGAUUUCAAAAAACAAUAAUCAAACAUCAGAUUCAUAAUAAAAUAAAAGAGAUUUAUUACAUUCAUCUACAGAACUUCAUCCAUCCAAAUAACCUAAUAAAUAAACUACACUUGAUUAAAAGUCAAUAUAAGAAUUAGAUGAAGAGUAAAUGCAAAAAAGUGGAUUGUUAUUUUAAUAACAAUCAUAACAAUAAAUCAGAAAAAGUGUAUCUCCUAAUAAUGAUAAUUCACAAUUAUUAAGAAAAAUGAGUUCAAUCUCAAAAUCUGAUUAAUAAUUAACUUCCUCUAUUGUAAGAAAGUCUACUGUUAAUUAAAUGAAGAUGGGUGAUUCAACUAUCCCAGAUAUUGAUUUAACUUAAGCUUAAACUAUUUAAGAUACAUAAAGGACAACAUCAGGUAGAAAAUUAACUUUGACUGAAAGGAAAAAUGAUUCAAGUCCUACAGAUAGAAGAAUAUAAACUGAAUUUUAUGAUUAAUCAUAAUUUCAAUAAGGAUAAUAAAAUACUCAAAUUACUAAUACUCCACAAUAAAAUAAAUAAAUUAGAGGAAAUAAAAAAUCUGAAACUCUAUUAUCAAAUAAAACAAAAAAUAAAUUUCCCAGAAAAUCAACUGAUACAAUAAGAGAUAUUCAAGAAGAUUAAUAAUCUGGAAUAAUUUCAAAUAGAGGAUCAACUAGAAUAAUAGAAAAUAAUAAAACAAGGAUACAUUUAAUUAAAGAAGAAGAUGAAGUCAGUAGACAUUCAAAAUCUCGUAUUUCUUCAUAAUAAUCUUCAUAAUCACAUAUAAGAAGAUCAAGUACUACCAUUUAAUAACCAAUUAAAAUGGCUAUAAAAUUAAAUGAUGAAAAUCCAUCUGAAUAUAUUGCAUAAUGGAAAUAAAGAAUGGUAGAAUAAGAAUAAUAAACAGAUAUUGAAUUAUUAACUAAUUUUAUAGAAAACUUCAUUUUAAAUAUGGGAUUACCUAAUGAAAUUUAAUAGAAACUUAUUGAAGCAAUUCCUGUUAUGAUUUAAUAAAGAAAUUUAAAUUAAUCUUCUGAAGAUUAAAAUGCUUUGAUUAAACAAUAAUAAUCUUUUAGAAAUGUUGUUCAAAAAUAUGGAUUUGAUACUGAAAGAGUGAGUUCUACUUAAACAAAAAAUCAUAGUAAAUAAUAAUCUUAAGAAUCUCUAUUAAAAUAUGAAUCAGAAGAUGAUUAAGCAUAAAUGGGAUCAAAAUAAGGAUCAUAGAAACAAAUGGAUACAUAAAGAAGUCAAAAUUUAAAUUAAAAUUUUAAAUAAAAAUCAACUAAAUUUUAUUAAGAAAAAUAAAAGAAAGAUUCUACUAUUUAAAGGUAACCUUCCAGAUAACCUAUAGAUCCAUAAGAAUAAUUUGAUUAAGAUGAAGCUUAAUAUAUUUUUAAUAUGGCAGCUGAUUUAAAUAUAGAUUAAGUAGAUUAGUUGUCUUAUGAAGAGAUGGUAAAAUCAAUAUAGAAUUAAGAAAAUGAUGGUAAAUAAUUACAAAUAAUCAAACCUAAUGAAUUAAAAGGAGAAACUUUUUUAAGAACAUUAUUUAAUCAAAUUUAAAAUAAAAAAACUAAAGGAAUUGAAAAUGUAUAAGAAUUACUUAGAAAAUAUUAUAAAAAAGGAAAGCAUGAAAACAUAACUUAUUAUGAAUUCAAAGCUUUCUAUUAAAGAUUAGCUGCCAUUCAUAAAAUGUGUGGAUAAGAUAUGUUAUGUAAUCAUUUAUAAAGAUUUAUAAUGAGAUUAGGAUACACAUGUUCCAUAUUUUCCAAAAGACAAGUAAUUUAUAUUAUUAACUUAUUUAGUUAUUAAAAACUAGUACUUCAGUAAUAAAACCUUUCAAUACUACUGAAGAUAUGACAACCCAAUCUAAAUUGACUAAUACUCAUCAUAAUUUAGCUUAAAGUAGAUUUACUAGUCAAUAAUUUUAUAUGUCAGAAGAAUAAUUUUAUUGA